AUGAAGACCGCUGCACUCCUUCUUCUGAGCCCUCUCCUAGCCCUCGCAGCUCCGGCUGUCGAGUUGGCAGAGCGUCAGUCCACCACCUCGAUCGACCAGCUGAUCAAGGCCAAGGGCAAGCUCUACUACGGUACCUGUACUGACCAGAAUCGUCUGAGCACGGGCAAGUCGGCAGCCGUCAUCCAGGCCGACUUUGGUCAAGUGACUCCCGAGAACAGCAUGAAGUGGGACAGCACCGAGCCCUCCCAAGGCAACUUCAACUUUGCUGGCGGUGACUACCUGGUCAACUGGGCCACGACGAACAACAAGACGAUCCGAGGCCACACACUCUGCUGGCACAGUCAACUGCCCAGCUGGGUCAGCAGCAUCAAUGACAAGACAAAGUUGACCAGUGUCCUGCAAAACCACGUCACAACCUUGGUGACCAGAUACAAGGGAAAGAUCAGGGCAUGGGAUGUCGUCAACGAAAUCUUCAACGAGGACGGCUCCCUCCGCAGCUCCGUCUUCUCCAACGUGCUGGGCGAGGACUUUGUCCGCAUCGCCUUUGAGGCCGCGCGCAAGGCCGACCCGGACGCCAUUCUCUACAUCAACGACUACAACCUCGACUCGGCCUCGUACGCCAAGCUGACCAACGGCAUGGUGGCCCACGUCAAGAAGUGGCUCGCCGCCGGCUGGCCCAUUGACGGCAUUGGCAGCCAGGCCCACCUGAGCGCCGGCCAGGGCAGCAACGCCGCCGCGGCCCUCAAGGCCCUGGCCGCUACCGGCGUCAAGGAGGUUGCUCUUACCGAGGUGGAUAUCCAGACUGCUCCUUCCAAUGAUUAUUCUGCUGUGACCAAGGCCUGCCUUGACACACCGACCUGUGUUGGUAUUACUGUCUGGGGCGUCAGAGACCCGGACUCUUGGAGGGCAAGCACCAACCCUCUCCUGUUUGACAGCAACUACAGCCCAAAGGCCGCAUACACUGCCGUCGUCAACGCACUGCAGUAA